AUUCUCUCCCUCUCUCUCUCUCUCUCUCUCUCUCUCACACACACACACACACACACCAACUUAAGCAGAGACUAAUUGUGUAGCAACAAGAAAACCCACAAGUUGUCACAUCCGCCACAAAACUGUGUGACUCUUUAUUUUCUCAUCCCUUGCACAAAAAGUCUUCCAAAGUGUUCACCACAUUGUGUAGUGCGAUCCUUAACUCAGUUUAAUUCUACAUGUUUUUAUGAAGAUAAGCUGAAACAUUUCCAACGUUACUUCUUUUUUUUCUUCAAAAAAGUGUAGUAAUGGUGUUGCAGGGUUUCAUCAUUUUGCUUUUCUUCAUCAGUAGUAGCCAUGGACAUAUUGAAUUCAUUUAUACAGCAAAGGAUGAAGUAAAAUUGUUUUGCGACACCAACAAAUGGCAAAUAAGCACAGAGUCUAACAACAGCAUUGAUGUGAAUUGCACAGUGGAGUGUGUUCAUGGUGAAGCACUCAAACUUAAUAAUAUCCAGAAUUCCUGCAAAAAUAAAGAUUCAGUCAAAGUUGGUGAAAAAUGUUCGCUAAUAGCAAGCAGUGGAUUUUAUCGAUGUGUUACUGCUCUGGAUUCUGGUUUCUUAUUUCCAUUCAAACCGUCUCCCAACACUGUCACAUCAUACAUAGUCGCCACUGCAAAUGAAGAAAUGACAACCAAGUCCGAGGAAAGAUCUUCAGUCAAGCUAACUGAAGGUGAAGAUGUACUUUUAAACUGCAGUGUCAUCUUUACAAAAGAAAAUUACCACAAGGAAUUUGUAGUGUACUGGAUCAAGACCAUUGGAAAGAACAGUACCUGUGUGUAUUCUUAUGAUUUUGAUUUAUAUAAUGGUAUAACAUACAAUCCCCACUGCAAUGUGCAAGAAGAACUGCUUUACAGACUCUCAGACCAAACUGAAGGCAAAAACUCCCAUAACAUCAGGAUCAGUAACGUAACAGACUCAGAUGGUGGACAAUAUCUUUGUGCUUUACAAGUGCACACACAUGAUAAAACAAAAGGAAAGUGGAAGAUCAUAAAUAAUAUUACAGUCAGUGUACAAAAAGACAAAGGACCUGAAAUAGCUGGAAACAGUGCUGACCUCAACCCUAAAGAUCCCAUUCCUAAAGACAAGGCAUCUGAAAGCACUGGAAACAACACUGAGUCUCUCAUCCGCUUGUGUGUUACACUGCCAGUAAUACUGGGUAUUCCGGCAGCUCUUAUGGUGGUAUAUUUAUGGAAAAAGAUGAAAAUUUCACCAAGAUCUCAGGCUAUGGAACUGCAAACAAUCCAACAUUGAGAAGAAACUCCUGAUAUGAACUUUGAGGCAUGAGAGUAACACAGCACUUAGGAAGAGCUGACGUUUAAAACGUGUUAAAUAUGUGCUCUUUAUUAUGCUUUCUUUUACUUAUUGAAACUCUCUCAAUACUGUCCCAGCAUAUGUCUUUCUCAUUUCAAACCUACAAAAUUAGUCCAUUUAAUAAAUCUGACUUUGGGUCAAAUUUAAUGGCUCUGUAUUUUCUUUCUAAGUAUAAAAAAGCAUUAGAAUGUUUUUAUUGAUGAAAAGACAUUUAUGGCAAUAAAUAAUUUAUAUCUUUGUAGCAAUAUAUUCAUUGCUGUUUCAACAGAAGAACAUUGUGGUCCACCAGAGGACGCCACUGGUGACAUAAAAUAUUUACCAUUACUCCAGUUUCCUUUUAACAAAAAUCCAGAUUUCCUUUCCCACAUCAGUGGAUCACAUUCUACAUUGGGUACACUGCUAAUUGUAAUUUAUACUAUACAUGUAACCUGAUCACAGAGGACUCUGUAAGCAGCUCUUGUGUGGUUGUUUGGUUGUGCCAACUUUACCAGCAAUAACAGCAACCAAUUGCUACUGAUAACUGGAGAUCAGUCUUUCACGUACUUCUAGGACCAGGACUUAGUCCUAUGCUUUGGAUCAUUGUCUUGCUGCAUAAUCCAGUUGUGCUUGAGUUUCAACUUACGGACUGAA